CGGUUGGUGUGUUUGGACACGGAUGUGGUGUUGGGUGACCGUUAAAUUGUUUGUUUCCAACAGAGAUGGAUGUAACAGCUAAUUUUUUCACUAAGUUGAAAACGCUUGCAGUAAAUUUGGAGAAAGAGACAACAUAUUUGGACAAUGCUUUGAAUAAUGAUUAUGACCAUGAAGAAGCUGCUCGCACAAAGAUGCUUCAUGAAUUACAUUCAGAAGUUAGAAAUAUUAAGACAGAUCUUCGCAAAAAAUUAGAAACUCUUGAAACAGAAAACAGAGAUAAUAGUGCAUUAAUUAGAGCUUUUCAGACACUGCACCAGAAGAAUACUGCAGACCUUGAGGAAAUCGAAGAACACUUUCAAAAUUAUGGGUAUGAGCCCUUGCAUAACAAUGAUCAAGAACCGCAGAUGAAACUAAUGGAAACUGAAACUGAAUUGGCAGCAAAUUCUGAAACCAAUCUUGAAUCGCAGAACGAUGAAGUUACUACUCCAACGCAUGAAAAGCCUUUGCUAAGUGACCCUACACGUACCCCUCAGCUUGAAGAUUUUGGACUUGGUCAUUUAAUGUUUCGAAGUGCUUGGGGGGUACAAGAAUGUCCUCUGCCUUCAGAUCCCAAAAUGACUGAUGGAUUCUCUGGAAAUUACGAUACACAAUCUUCCACAUUUCAAGGUCCAGUUAUACCAAAGACACCAAAAUGUACAUUGCAGCUGGGAGACGAUGUGCUUCUUACACCCAAGAUGGAAAAUUUUGAAAUUGAUGAACAUACAGGCUAUGUAAACGACUUUACUUUGGCACUGUAUAAUAAACGUGAUCAACUGAAUAUCAACAGUUGUAGUCCUCUAUCAACUGCGGACAAUCAACCACAGAAAGCCCAUUCAUUGAAGGAUGACUUUGUGCAGUGUAUGUCACACCAAUCAGUGUUGAAUGAUAAGUUGAAUUCUCCUCUGCCUCCUGUGUUCUGCACACCUGGUUUGAAAAUAAAUAAGGCUAACCACCAAGUUUCAGUGGAUGAAAAUAGGAAAUCAAAUGGUUCAAUUUCUUCACCAGUGGUACCAAACUUUGAAACGCCCUGGCUGAAAAGGCAAUCUACUUUGCAACAUCUUAAAAAUGAGGCAUGUGUACAAAAAGAAGCAUCAGGUGAACUUGAUUUAAAAGAACCUCAGCUACCAGCUAUGAGCUCCAUUGGCGUUCUGAAUGGAUACAACAAAUCGCCAUCACCUCCACCGAUAAUGUCUAACUAUGAAAUUCUUCUUGAUACACCAAAAGUUCCAGAAAUGACCACACAAAUUCCAAGCGAUGUUCUAAAGAUUCUGUCAUCUUAUGAUACAAAUCGACAAAAAUCUAACAGGGAAAAUUUGACUUCCUUUAACCUAAUGACUCCUGUACCAAGGAAUAAAUUUGUAAAGGAAAAUAGAAUGUGAUCUCUUUGUACAUUGAAGUCUUGGCGCAAGAAAUUCAAAAAUAAAUGGAAUAAUACAUCAGAUUAGUUGGAAAAGUCUGAAUAUGACCAGAAGAGUGGUUCUGGAAGAGGAUCUGUGCUGUUGAAAGCCAAGUGCAGAAGCAACAACGGAUCCAUAUAGGCAGAAGAGAUACAUGUAAAUAGUUCUUGUAGAAUAAAUCCAAUUAUUAGUGAAACAUAUAGUUGUUUCCAUAUUCUUGGCACAUUGCAAAGGUAGAUCAAAUAAUUAAAGUGCAGUUAGGUAUGUGAAGAAAUCUAUUUUUGAGGCUCAAUAUGCUGGAAUAAGUGUAUUAUUUGAAGCUAAAUAACUGAUUUUUUUGGCAUUCAGUGUGUGAUUAUGGAAUUGAUUUUAAAUUCAAACAAAGUUAUAACACUGGUCAUGAUCAUAAUUUCUGUAAAAUUCUCAAUUUUGUACAUUAAUAUAUUUAUAAAAUUACUUGGUUUAUGUAUAUUUUCAUUAGCAAAUAAAGUAUACACAUGGUGUACGUG